AUGCCAAAGAAGGCAAAUUCUGGGGAAUUACGGCGAAAGACGUGGGCGAGAAUAGUCGAGAGUUUUGAAUACCUAACAGCGGCCGCGAUAGCGCUUUGGAAAACGGUGGACCUCGAUCGUUUGGAGGUGUUCGUGAAUUGGAGCUACCUGGCGCUUCAGUACGCCGAAGUCUGUGACGAGGCAGUGCUUUUGAAGUUGAAGGAAGCGAAAGAAGAAGCCGCCGAGCAGCUGGGCGCGUCAAUGCUUUUGGAAAAUGGACAUUUGGCGGGUGAAAGGGUCGCCACGCUCGAGCGAAAUAUCACCGAUGCUUGCUUGAGGAAGGGUAUUACCACACAAAUGCUUAUCGAGGGGAUGCCCGAAAAGAAGAAAGCCCGGAUGGCAGAUGGA